AUGGAUGUCAAAGGAAAGAAAGAACUGGAUAAAGAUUCAAACAAAAAUCAAUCAACAAGUACAGAAAAGAUUAAUCCAGUUGAAAAAACUCUGAUAUCUAAUAAUAUAAAGGUCAGAUUCCUGACAUAUAUAAUAUACUCACUAUAA